AUGUUACAUCAAUCUUCCUCUGAUCAUUCCCUGUUUUACAAAACUGAUGCUAAUUCUUCUUUUACAGUCAUUUUCAUAUAUGUUGAUGAUCUUAUCUUAGCUGGCAAUGAUAUAAAUGAAAUCGACUCUAUUAAGUUAAAGCUAGAUCAGACUUUCACUAUCAAAGACCUUGGAGAACUUCAGUAUUUCCUUGGUCUUGAGCUAGCAAGUUCCAACGAGGGUAUUUUUCUUUCUCAAAGAAGGUUUGUCCUGGAACUCCUCCAAGACACAGGCUACCUGGCCUCCAAACCGGCUUCUACACCUUUAGAUCCUCCUCUCAAGUUAUCCAAAGACAAGGGAGUGCCAUUAGAAAAUCCUCAACUAUACAGGAAACUCAUUGGGUGCUUGCAGUACCUUAUAACAACAUGUCUAGACCUCAUUUUUGUCACUCAACAGCUCAACCAAUACAUGUCUGAUCCAAGAGAUACCCACCUUUAA